AUCGGUGAGAAAUAGUGAUACAAUUCAUACAGUUUCGGCUUUUCGUAACCUCGUACAAUACCCACCUGACAGCGCAUGCGCUUAAGGAGUCAUUACUGAAGAAGCGGCGCUUAAUCAUGGAAUGCAACGCUCGUAUCCUCUAUCCCCACCCAACGAAGAACCCGAACGACCCAUCGAAAGAGCCAUCAAAAGCUUCAUUCUUCAUGGCCUUCAAACAGCCGAACCGCGGAACUUUGUCAGGCGCAUAGAAUUGGAGCAAUGCCUCCAUAUCUUCCUCGUUCAUUUCACAUAAAUCCUCCAGGCUGUAUGCGUCGCUGACUUUAAUCAUCCUGGAUAUCUGGUCAGCGAGAGGCCUCAAAAGGCCCUACAUCUCUCCUUACCAUGCCAUUCUUUUGGGUCCUUCCUCUGGUUUAGGGGCGAUUUUUCUCAGCAUCUGCCGUAACUUCCCAACCUUCUCAAUUGCCUCUCCCACAUUGUCUGGGAGGUUGGUAGCAAUCGACCUUCUCACAAUAUUCGCUAGUCGUGGUCCUUUUCCGUUGGUGCUAACCAUAACCUGCAAUGGCCCAUCUCGAUGUACACUGCCAAAGUAAAAGUCGCAUUCUGGUGGAACAUCCGCAAUAUUGGCCGCUAUCCUUCUCUCUUUGCAUAGUUUCCAAAUCUGCGAAGACGCUUCCGGGUCGUCGACCGCCGUCAAUACCAUAUCCACAUUGUCUAGAUCCGAAGGUUCGAAUUUACGAUCAACAUAAUCAACCUGUCCCUUUUCUAUUCGAUAUGCCACUUCUGGAUUGAGUCCAUCUCGAGGUGAAACUACCGUGACUUUCGCAUCGGCGUUGAGAACAUUGAGUAUUCGACCUGCUGCAACCUUGGACGGCCAUCCGUUAGUGGCGCCCCUCCGCAGAAUAGCACGACAUACCUCGCCGCCUCCCACAACCAGCACCCUCUUGUUCUUAAUCUGCCAGGCCAGAAUCAGCGAUCCGCCUCCUUGAACCUCGGGGAAUUGCUCUUCACUCAUUCUCCGUAGCGUGACUGUCGUGAGAGAGAAUGGCGCAAAGUUAGAGCUGUGAAUGAAAUAGUCGUACUCAGCAAAUCCACGCAUCUUUUUCCGAGGAAGCCAUCCCUGUAGACCAUCCGAUAAGCUUUCUUAUCGGCCUGCCGAAAGUUGCGGGUCUUAGUCAUCAAGAUCGUCCUCAGCUGGCUGGUCCUUGAAACAGAAACCUUCCUCCAACCACCCUGAGCAGGCGAGGCUCCAAAGCCAAAGUCGCAAAACCCCCCUCAUAACCUCCCGCUAUGUCUGGUAGAAAGCUGGGAGGCGGGAGGAUAUUAGGAAGUGCAAAGUCACUGGCACCCCCCGCCCCUCCGGCGCAACGACGACAGGAGUCCGACAUCCUCUCCCCCUCUGCAAGUACAGUGUCCUUGAGUUCGAGGGACUCUACAGCAUCCCCGUUGGCCACAUCACCUCUUCCCGAACAUAGCCAGGAUUUGAUAAAACGGUCUUCUUUGGAGAAUGGCGGGCCAUCAAGAGUAGCAGCAACGAGUAAUCGACUCACCUGCCCAAUAUGUAGUGAGGAAAUGGUUGGUGUAUCUGGGCAGCAUUGCAGACGUGUACUGACGGGAUUUAGUUGACUUUAUUACAAUUGAAUAGGUACUGAAAUUCACUCGACUUUCUACGUUCGCGCUAAUCAUACAGGCAUCUCGAUGAUAAUCACCAAGAACUACCCGAAGUGGAACAAGACGAAGUGAAGAAUUGGUUCGACAAGCAGGUUGUAAAAGCCAAAAAGUUCCAGCCAUUGGCAGUCAUCAACCAAAAGUUGAAGGGAUUAGACGUAUUUGAGUCGAACGAACCAUCCCCUGCGCCCAGAGCGAAUCCGAGCGGUCUCCCAGGCAACCGACCAGUCAGUUCAGAUAUGUACAGACCAGACCCCGAUGAGGUUGUGAGCAAGACACAUUGGCAGAGGACGGGGUACAGCGAUGUGUGUACGGAGCCAUCAUGUGGAAAGAGAUUGGGGUCGGUCAACGGGAACGUGAACUGUAGGAAAUGUGGACGCCUCUUCUGCGAAGAUCAUACCAUGUACCAGAUGAAACUUUCCAGGUCGGCGCAAUACGAACCUGUACGCGGAUUUUGGUGUCGGACUUGUGAGACUUGCUUCAAGUCGAGAGAGGGUUAUAAUGACCAUAAUGGGCUCUCGCGUGAUCACACCAAGGAUUUCAUGGCUAUGCGAAGAAAGACUGUGGACAAGUCAAAUCUGGAGGUCUCGAGACUAGAGAAAAGACUCACGAAACUCACACAGCUGCUCGCAAAUCCACCUGAAGAAUUGGCGAACAGUACCGGAGGGAUCUUGUCAAUUGCCGGUCGGAAGAAUCAGCGACAGAUUCUAGAGCAGUCGAUUGUGACUUGGGAGGAGGAUGCGAAAGUGUUGAAAUGCCCCUUUUGUCAACAACAAUUUGGAUCAUGGUCAUUUCGACGACAUCAUUGUAGGAUGUGCGGCCGAGUCGUCUGCUCCGAUCCGCAGACUGGAUGCUCCUCCGAGAUUGGUCUAAACGUUACGACUGGUAAGUUUUCGUAUACCAAUUUCGACGUCAUUAAUUGACCGAGGAUAGUGGCUGAUGUUUUAUCAGAAAAAUCUGGAGAUUUAAAUAUCGACGUGCGGAUGUGCAAGGAUUGCAAGACGACGAUUUUUAGUAAAAAGAACUUUCAGGCAGAAGUCUUACAUAAACCACCAGAUCAACGCUCCUACGAAAAUCUGGUUCAGUUUGAGAAAGGCAUUCGCCUAUUAUUGCCUACCUUUCAAAAACUCCUCUUUGUUUUACAAGAUCCUAAUAAAUCACCUACAUCACAGCAGCUAGCCGAAGCAGCCAAAACGCGAAAACGGCUUAUUGACAGUUUUGGAAAAUACGACAUGACUGCGAAAAGAAUACGGGAUUUGAAGACUACAAGCGCAACACAGCUGAAACUCCAAAAAGCGGUUUACCAGCAAAGUGCAAAUUUUCUCAGUCUUCAUAUGCUACCACUUAAACAGUUACCCAAGAUACUCAAACAUGCAUCGCCGCACGGCUCUAAUGGACUUCCGAAUAAUGGCCGAAAUGCAUUAGCUGCCAUAAAAUACAAUGAUAUUGACACAUCUUCGCAGAUGAGCGGUAGCAGCGUUGUCUCGGCAAUGGAAGCGGAAGAAAAGGAGUUGAGGGAGCGACUGAUUAUUCUGGAAGAACAAAGGUUUUUCGUGAGCGAAAUGAUUGCGGAUGCGAAUAAAAGGAGGAAAUUUGACGAGGCCACGAGCCUACAGAGUAAUAUCCUCGAUUUGAAUACGGAGAUUGAUUCCGUGAAUGGGAUGUUAUCCCAGCUUGAUUUUGCGGGAGCAUAUGCGAGAGACCAGGCGAACGGUAUAGGUCCGGGUGGUGCUUUGGGUUGA